AUGGCAUCUCCCUAUCAUGGUAUGAACGGAGAGAUUUCGGUGAUGUUGAUUGAUAAUGACAAAGAGUUUGUCAAUGAGAUGACGAGUUUGCUAAAUGCUCACGGCUAUAGAGUUAUAACGGUUGAUACUACUUCAUCAGCGAUGUCAAUGCUCUCCAAAGGAAAACAAAAAAUUGAUGUGAUCAUCCUCAAUGUCCGUUUAUCCAAUUCGUCUUUUGUUGACCUCUUAGCUCAAGCUGAAGCUCUGAAUAUAAUUUCACUCGCUGUAUGUGAUGAAUUCAAUGAAUUCGUCGCAAAGAAGACUUUGGAUGAUGGAGCUUAUCUUUACCUUAAAAAGCCAUUUAACAAGGAAAUUUUGAUCUACCUAUGGCAAUUUGUGCUUGCUGAAAGAAAACGAAAAGAGAAAGCUAGAGAAGGAUCAAGAAAACAUAAAGAUCAAAUGAAGGUUAAUAUGAUUAAUAUCGUUGAAGAAAAUAAAGAAUCUGAAGAGAAUAUUGGAAAAUACACAUUAAAGAGGAAGAAAGGUACAAAAAGCAUGCAAAACAAUGCUAUUGAUAAGGUUGUUAGGCGAAAGGACUGUAAAGAAUGGACUGAGGAUCUUCACGCAGCAUUUAUGCGAGCUGUAAGCCAACUCGGGGAAGGACGUAAGUUUACUUUACUAAUUAUAAUUUUUUCUUUUUGA